AUGAUAUUUCGGCGGUUCUUGUCGACUUCUCUGCCCCCCACUAUCCGACAACUACUGUCGAGCCAUGUUUCUGCUCCGGUAGAGGUGACUGGAUGGGUUAAAUCCGUCCGUCGGCAGAAGAACAUCGCAUUCGCAGUCAUCUCAGACGGAAGCUCAGAUCGAGGCCUUCAGGCCGUCUUCACAAAUACCGAUCUCGCGAAAAGCUUAACGAAUGGCGCGAGUGUGCGCCUGGGCGGGAAGUUGUCGGACAGCCCAGGAGCUCGACAGGACAAGGAACUUCAAGUUGACUCGGUAGAAGUUCUGGGAGACUGCGACCCCUCCACAUAUCCAAUACAGAAGAAGAUCUUGACGGUUGACUAUCUCCGCGAUCACUGCCACCUGCGUGCGCGUACAGAUACAAUUGCUUCAAUGCUUCGCCUGCGAGACCACGCACAGCGCGUGCUCCACCACUUCUACGAGACUCAAGGUUUCUGCUACGUACACACUCCGAUUCUGACAUCGAGUGACUGCGAGGGUGCCGGAGAAACCUUCGGCAUCGCUGCAUCAUCCCAUCCAGAGCACGCUUCAGCGCAGCGAAGCGACUUCUUUGGGCUUCCUGCGUACCUCACUGUAUCGUCCCAACUGCACCUCGAAGCCAUUGCAACCGCAAUUUCUCGCGUGUACACCCUCUCACCGUGCUUCCGCGCGGAGCGCUCGCAGACAGGCCGCCAUCUCGCCGAGUUCUGGAUGCUUGAGGCAGAGUGGGCAUUUACGCGCAGCGUCGACGAUAUUUGCAGGUUUGUGGAGGCGUCUCUGAAAGACCUCCUCCAGAACAGUCGCGACGCAAUGGCGCCUCUAUGGAACGAUCACGAUCACCCGGGUGCCGCGGUACUCCAGGCGGCCGCGUCCUCAACAGAAUGGGUACGCAUCAGCUACAGCGAUGCGGUCACUGAGCUCGAGGCGCACCAGCGGGCGACGCGUGCGUUCGCGUUCGACCCCGGCUGGGGCAAGCCGCUGCAAAGCGAGCACGAGCGCUGGCUCGCAGAGACGCUGGUGCGCGGACCCGUGUUCGUGACGGACUACCCCGCAAUCCUCAAGCCGUUCUACAUGCGCAUGAACGACGAUGGGAAGACGGUCGCGUGUUUCGACCUGCUCAUCCCGCACAUGGGCGAGCUCGCUGGUGGGUCGCUGCGCGAGGAACGGCAUGAGGUGCUUAAGGAAGCGUUGAACCAACACAAUCUGCCAGAAGACGAAUACGGGUGGUACCUUGAUCUGAGAAUGUACGGCGGUGCGCCACAUGGAGGAUUCGGGAUGGGCUUCGAGAGGCUAAUUAGUUGGAUGAGCGGAAUUGAGAACGUGCGGGAGUGCAUUGCCAUGCCAAGGUGGUCCGGAAGAAUGUUGCUGUGA